AUGGCUGAAAAGGUAAGUGAAGCAGGUGACUCAGCUGUGAAGCCGACUGCUUUGCUUGUUAUGGGAAUGGCAGGGUCGGGGAAAACGACUUUUGUUCAACGAUUGACGGCGGAGUUGCAAAUGGCUAAUAUUGAACGACCCCCUUAUGUUCUGAACCUUGAUCCAGCUGUAGCAGAUCUUCAAUAUCCAGCAAAUAUUGAUAUCCGAGAUACAGUCAACUACAAGGAAGUAAUGACGCAAUACGGACUUGGGCCAAAUGGAGCGAUUAUGACUUCGCUGAACCUCUUUUCAACAAAAUUUGAUCAAGUCUUGAGCUUGAUCGAGAAAAGAUCACCCGAUCAUGACCAUGUCAUCUUUGAUACUCCAGGACAGAUUGAAGUUUUCACCUGGUCAGCUUCCGGAUCAAUCAUCACUGAAACGUUGGCUUCGACCAUUCCUACUGUAAUUUUAUACGUGAUGGAUGUCGCCAAAUGCACAUCGCCAGUAACGUUUAUGAGCAACAUGAUGUACGCCUGUUCCAUCCUUUACAAAACGGAACUCCCUUUCGUCAUCGUGCUCAACAAAUCAGAUAUCGUUAAUCAUGCUUUUGCCAUCGAAUGGAUGCGAGACUACGAGACCUUUAUCGACGCUGUCAACCAGGAAGAAAGCUACAUCUCCAAUCUUUCCAGAUCUUUGAGCCUCGUUCUUGAUGACUUUUACUGCGAUCUUCGGGCAGUAGGAUUUUCAUCUGUGACGGGAAUGGGAAUGACGGACCUGAUGGAAAAGAUUACUGACGCGAGAAAGGAAUAUUUUGAAGAGUUUCUUCCAGAAUUAGAACGAAAACGAGAGAAGGCAAGGCAGCGUGAAGAACAGCGAAAAGCAGAGGACCUCCAGCGUUUGAAAGAUGACUUGGUACGAAACUCCAUCGGCCUCGCGCUACAGCUCAACUCGAAGCUCAAAAGCAGCGUCAAGGAAAUCAAGCCCUCCGCGAGGGAUGAUCCCGCCAAGCGAGCUUUUGGAGUACAGAGAUCAGAAUGA